AUGGGCAACGAUGCCCUUCCCGCACCACCCAACAUGGACACCGUCAACAUCAACCACAACAUAACAGCCCCCUCUGCCCCAGGAACCCCUCUCCCUCGGAACAGCACCACCGUCACAACAACCAGAGGAGGGGGCCCGAUCGUCUCCUCCCGAAUGCAGUACCGCUCCCGCCCUGUUUCCGUGGCCGUCGACCCAGUCUCGCUGGUGAUAUCCGAGUGCAUAGCAAUCACGUCGGCCAUCCAGAAGCACGCCCGGUCCCCGCACUCGUCCGUGUCGGCCAUUCUAGGAGGGAGCCCCAACCUCAUCCAGCUCGUCCCCCCGCCGUCUCCCUCGUCCAGAGCGAGAAGCAAGUCCACCGCUGGCCAGCAGCAGCAACAGCAAGACGCGAACGAGCUGGCAACAAACAGAUGGGGUCUGAGAGGGAAAAAAGGAAAGUCAUUGGCGGACAACCCCCUUAUUGCGGGUUUCGGACGGCUUCGUCAGGAGCUGGCGGGGGUGAAGGACAUUCACCGGUUUGAUUCCCUCGUGCUGCUGUAUCCCUUCUUGCACAUUAUACAGACCAAGGGGACGGCGGCGCCGGUGACUGUGCUUGCGCUGAGGGCUAUUCAAAAGUUUUUGGCGUAUGGGUUUGUCGCGCCGGUGAGCCCGAGAUUCGCGCUUGCGAUGCAGAGCUUGAGCGCGGCGAUUACGCAUUGUCAGUUUGAUAUUAGUGAUCCGGCGCAGGAGGAGGUGGUGCUGUUGAUGAUUUUGCAUUUGAUGGAGGAUAUGCUUAGUGGGCCGGGGGGGGAUAUUGUGAGUGAUGAGAGUGUUUGUGAUAUGAUGGGGAGGGGGUUGACGAUUUGCAGCCGGCCGAGGUUUUCCGAGGUGCUGAGACGGACGGCGGAGGCGAGUAUGGUGAGGAUGGUGCAGAUUAUUUUUGAGGAUUUGAAGCAUUUGGAGGUUGAGGCGGAGGAGGAUGGGGAGGGGGGGCUGGAGGGAAAGAUGGGGGGGGAUGAUGGGGUGAAGAUGGAGACUGGGGGUGAGGGGACGGGGAGUGAGGAGGCUGUGGGGGUUUUGGAGAAGGGGGAGGAGGGGGAGGUAUCGGUUGAGGGGGGUGAUGGGGUGGUUGAGGGAGAAGGGGGUGAGACGACUGAGAAGACGGCUUUGUUGGAGACGUCGGCGGUUGAUGAGCCGAGGCUUUCAUCGAGUUCGGAAAAGGCGAGCAGUACUGAGGAAACGGCUGCUGCUGGAGAACAGGGGAGGCCGAGUACGAGUUCUAACACGGAAAUCAGCUCUGAGUCGUUUGACCUACGGCCUUAUUCGUUACCAUCGGUCCGCGAGCUUUUCAGGGUGCUGGUUAGCUUCUUGGACCCUCAUGACCGCCGCCAUCCCGAUCAAAUGAGAGUCAUGGCUCUCAGGAUCAUCCACGUGGCGCUUGAGGUGGCAGGGCCAUCGAUUGCGAGGCACCCAGCGCUUGCGGCGAUUGCAGAGGAUCAGCUGUGCUGCUAUCUCUUCCAGCUUGUACGCUCCGAUAAUAUGGCCGUGCUGCAGGAAGCGUUGAUUGUGGCCAGCACCCUUCUUUCCACCUGCAGACAUGUUCUAAAGCUUCAGCAGGAGCUGUACCUGUCUUACUUGGUCGCUUGCCUUCAUCCGGCGGUGGAGAUCCCUCGAGAGCCAGGCAUUGACCCCAGUCUUUAUUCGGGCAUCCCACAGUCGCCAAAGUUGGUCAAACCACCACCAUCGCAACAAGGUAGUGGCCGUUCUACGCCUGUUCCAGUCAAGGACCGCCAAAAGUUGGGGCUGGAAGGGGGCGCGCGCAAACCAGAUGCCAGACAGGCCAUGGUUGAGAAUAUUGGAGUGCUGGCUCGCAUGCCUACCUUUAUGGUGGAUCUGUUUGUCAACUAUGACUGCGAUGAGGACAGGGCUGAUCUGUGUGAGGACAUGAUCGGUCUGUUGUCAAGAAAUGCGCUCCCAGACUCGGCUACUUGGAGCACGACAAGCGUGCCACCUCUCUGUUUGGAUGCGCUACUUCGCUUCAUCCAGUACAUUGCAGAAAGACUUGACCAGACCCCUGAAACAGAGGGCUAUCCCGACCCGGAAGUACUCAGAGAAAAAAGGCGAAGGAAAAAGCUCAUCAUCAAGGGCGCAAACAAGUUCAACGAAAAUCCAAAGGGCGGCUUGGCAUAUCUCCAGGAAAAAGGGAUCAUUGCCGAUGCUAAAGACCCAGUCUGUGUGGCCAAGUUCUUGUCGGGUACGACAAGAGUCAACAAGAAGCAGCUUGGCGAGUUCCUCACCAAGAGAGGCAACGAGGCUAUUCUAGAUGCGUUUAUGGACCAGUUUGACUUCUCUGGAAAGAGAGCAGACGAGGCGCUGCGCAUGAUGCUGGGAACUUUCCGCCUGCCUGGCGAAGCGCCUCUGAUUGAGAGGGUGGUUGUUUCAUUCUCGGAGAAGUACUUCAAGUCGGAGCCUGAGGGCAUCGCAGACCAGGACUCGGUCUAUGUCCUCUCCUACGCGAUUAUCAUGCUGAAUACGGACCAGCAUAAUCCAACCAUCAAGAAAGAAGCUCGCAUGAACGAGGCGGCCUUUGCGAGGAACUUGCGGGGUGUCAAUGGCGGGAAGGAUUUCCCUCCGGAGUACAUCCAUGACAUCUUCCACGCCAUCAGCACGAACGAGAUCAUCCUGCCUUCUGAGCAUGACAACAAGCAUGCGUUUGACUAUGCCUGGAAGGAGCUGCUUCUCAAGUCUGACUCGGCCGGGCCGCUGGUGUUGUGCGAUACGAACAUUUAUGAUGCCGACAUGUUUGCCACGACGUGGAACGCGAUUGUGUCGUGUUUGUUUUUUGUUUUCAUGUCGGCGACGGAUGAUACGGUUUAUGCGAGGGUGAUUACCGGGUUCGAUGAGUGCGCAAGGAUCGCGACCAAGUACGGAAAUAGCGAGGCGCUGGAUGAGAUUGUGUAUCGGUUGGGCUAUAUCUCGACUCUGAGCAGUGAGGGAGGGUCGAAUACGACGCUUAAUACCGAGGUGCAGGUUGGGGAGAAUAGUGUUAUGGUGAGUGAGCUGGCGGUCAAGUUUGGGAGGGAUGUGAGGCCGCAGUUGGCGACGUUGGUGUUGUUUAGGGUUGUUACUGGGAGUGAGCCGGUGAUCAAGAAGAGCUGGAAGCAUAUCAUUCGGAUAUGGCUCAACUUGUUUGUCAACUCGCUUAUACCGCCGUUCUUCUCGACAGAAGCGGAUAAGCUCUCGCUGCCGCCUAUUCCUCUGCAGCCGCCAUCUCAGGUCAUUGAUCGGGGUGCCAAGCAGAACGAGACAGGCUUCUUCUCGGCAUUCACCUCGUAUAUCUCAAGCUAUGCGGCCGAUGACCCGCCUGAACCUUCAGAUGAGGAAUUGGAGAGCACGCUCUGCACUGUCGACUGCGUCAACCAGUGUCACAUGGGGGAUGUGUUUGCCAAUGUCUCGAGCCUACCAAGUCACAAUCUUGAAGCACUGGUAGAUUCUUUGCUGGCACAAAUUCCAGAAGACAAUGGGUCGACCGUCAUCACUGUCAAGGCCGAGAAUAUCCCACCGUCUGGAACUAACGGACAGAAACCUCGUCAGACCACCGCCGUCUACGACCCGGGGUUGGUAUACAUCUUGGAGUUCUGCACAGUCCUCGCCCUUCGUGAUGAGACCACCAUCGAGGUUCUCGGCAAGCGGGUCGUGGAAGCUAUCCAGGAGAUCCUGAGAGAUGUUCCUCGGUACCACCCUGUCCUCAUCGAGAGAGCCACCUUCUACCUCUUCAACCUCCUCCAAGCAAGCUACGACUUUGACUACGUCCGCGUUCCCAUCCUCCUUCACACCGUCUCCAGCUUCCCCAAAGACACUCUCAUAAAGACGUCUGGUCUCGUUCUCCGCGGCCUAAAGCUCUGCAUCGAAAAGCCAUGCCCUCUCCGAAACGAGAUGAUGACCUCACCCGACUUUUGGGUCAUCCUCCAGACCCUCGCCACCAACCCAGACUCAGCAGAGGCCGUCUUUGAGAUUCUGGAGAAGGGUGUUAUCAACAGCAACCCCUCGGCAAUCAUGGCGGACAACUACGAGGCGUCUCUCUCGUUGCUCAACGAAUAUGCCAGCAUGGCGAGCGUCGGCGCGGUAGCAGAGCAGCAAAACGACCGCAAGGUCAAGGGCCGCAAAUUCAUUGCCAAGAAGCUUGAGAAACCAAGCGACAACAAGGUUGUCGAAAGGGGCGUUAGGGCACUGGAGGGAAUCUACAAGCUCACGUCUCGCAUCCCCGGUCUCAUGUCCCAGAGUCAUCUAGAGAGCAGGGAGGCGUGGUCGGCGUAUUGGCUUCCUGUUUUCCAGGCCCUAACAACGCAGUGCACGAACCCCUGUCGGGAAAUUAGACAUUUGGCGUUUUCUAGCCUGCAGAGGACGCUGCUCAGCCCAGAUCUGACGUCCCAGGAGGAGCAUGAUGAGUGGACGGCGAUUUUCGGGGAGGUGCUGUUCCCGCUUAUCUUGAGGCUGUUGAAGCCGGAGGUUUUCAGCUCGGAUCGGGACGGGAUGAGCGAGACGAGGGUGCAGGCUGCGAGCUUGCUGAGCAAAGUUUUCUUGCAGUAUUUGGUCAUGCUGAGCGAGUGGGAGGGGCUGUUGGGGUUGUGGGUGAGGAUUAUUGAGAUUAUGGACCGGUUGAUGAAUAGUGGGCAGGGGGAUAGUUUGGAGGAGGCUGUUCCGGAGAAUUUGAAGAAUGUGUUGCUUAUUAUGGCGAGUAAUGGGUACUUGGUGCCGCCGAGCAAGAAGCCCGAGAGGGAGGAGCUGUGGAACGAGACGUGGAAGAGGAUUGAUAGGUUUCUGCCGGGGUUGAGGGCGGAUUUGGCGCUGGAUGUGCCUGAGGAGGUGGUGCCGGCGGCUAGGGGGGAGCAGCAGGCGGUGCAGCCUCAAGGGGAGGAGGGGAAGGUGGAAGGGGCGGCGGCGUGA